AUGUUUCCUUUAAAAAGCAAAAAAGAACAAAAUUUACAAAUAAAUAUAGCUGAUGUAUCUCCUAUUAUUGAAGAAACAACUGAUGAUGAUGUAUCAAAACAUCAUAAGGGAAUAUAUUGGCGACUUCUUUUUCUUAAUUUAGUUGUAUUAUGGGCAUAUCAAUCAUUAAUUUCUGCACAAAAUUAUUAUCGUAAAUUUUUUCCUUAUGAUAAUUUAGAUUUUUGGGGAACAGUAUCAGCUGGCACAAGUAUGUUUUUUCUUCAUAUAAUUCAAUUAUAUUUUGGUGUUUAUAAAUAUGGUUUUACAAAACGUGUUAUACCUGGUUUUAUAGGUUAUGUUAUUAUUGCAAUAUUAGUUAUGGCUUUAAGACAUAAAAUUGUUUUAAUUGUUGCUUUUGCAAGUGUUGGUGGAAUAAAUACAAUAACUGAAUCUCCUAUUUAUGGUAUUGCAGGAUUAUUUACAACUGGUUCAUUUACUCAAGCUGUUCAAGUUGGUAAUGGUAUGGCUGGUGUUUUAAAUGUUACUGCAAAUGUAAUAAUUCGUUUAAUUGUUUUACUUGUUCAUAGUCAUACUGAUCAAGAUCAAUUAUCAUUUUAUAUAUUUAUGAGUGUAUUAAUAAUAUUAUGUUUUAUAGCUGUUUAUGUUUAUUAUCGUUUAAUACAUAUUCCUCCAGUUAAUAUAAGAAUAAAUCAACAAAUGGCUUCAUUUAAACGACAAAAACUUGGUAAUAUUAUUGAUUUAUAUCAUGAUGAAAAUAAACUUUCAUUUUGGACAUUAACAAAAAUUUUAAAAACUCAUUUAUUUGUUCAAUUUUAUGUUUUAUUUAUAAGUUUAUUGUUAUGGCCAGGUAUUCCAUGUAAUGCAUCAAAUACUGGUUGGUUUAAUUCUAAUGGUAAACUAUGGUGGUGUUCACCAUUUGUUAUUGGAACAUUUAAUCUUGGAGAUCUUUUUGGUCGUACACUUGCUGUUAAAGUUCAUCAAUAUUUUUCUUCGAAAAUUUGUUUAGUUUUUGCACUUUUAAGAACUCUAUUUAUUGUAAUUAUAUUUUAUCGUCAUCAUAUAGAUAAUAUAUUUCUUCUUGGUUUAAUAAUAUUAAUGGGUAUGACAAAUGGUCUUCUUGCAACAAUUACAUUUAUGGUUCGUCCUCAAACAAUUGUUGGUGUUAAUAAUUGUGAAAGAGCUGCUUAUUUAAUGACAGCAUCUCUAUAUUUUGGAAUUGCAAGUGGAUCUAUAGUUGCAGCUGCUUUAGCAUUAGCUCAUGUUGUUUAA